AUGAAGUUUUCGGUGAAGACACUGCUAGAGAAGUACACAGCAGAGCCCAUCGAUGACUCGUCUGAGGAGUUCAUUAACUUUGCUGCUAUUCUGGAACACAUCCUCAGCCACCGCUUUAAAGGCUCUGGCAGCUGGUUUGAUGGUCAGCGCAGUUUUUGGGACUUUAUCCGUCUGGCCUGCAGUAAAGUGCCCAAUAACUGCAUAAGCAGCAUUGAGAACAUGGAGAACAUCAACUCCUCACGAGCAAAGGGCAGAGCAUGGCUACGGGUUGCUCUGAUGGAGAAACGGCUGUCUGAAUACAUCGCCACAGCUUUGCGAGAUAGCCGCACCACCAGGAGGUUCUACGAUGAAGGUGCCAUAAUGUUGCGAGAAGAAGCAACUGUUUUGACCGGAAUGCUCAUCGGACUUGGAGCGAUUGACUUUAGUUUCUGUUUGAAAGGGGAGGCUCUGGAUGGGAAGUCUGAGGCUGUUAUUGACUACACUCCAUAUCUGAAAUUUACACAAAGUUAUGAUUAUCUCAGUGACGAUGAGGACGGUCAGAGUGUGGACAGCAGUAACAGUGAUGACAGUGUCGAGCAUCCAUACAUCCCUCUGGUCACCGAUGAGGAGAGCUGGAGGAACAAGUGCCGCAAGAUGGAGCAGAGGUUCAAGAUCGUCAAUGCGCAAAAGGGGUACCUUGAGGAGCUGGUAAGGCUGCGGGAAUCUCAGCUGAAGAAUGUGGAGAUGGAGAAUAAAAAACUAACAGCUGGACUAGAAGAACUGCAGCUGCAGAGCCAGAAAGAGAAGAGAGACCUGGAGAACAUCAUACUGGAGCUGCAGGAACAACUGACAAGUCUGAUUCCAGGCGAAUCUCAUCCCCUCUCUAAGGAUUUGUCAAUCCCUCUUGUUAACCAAUGGCCAUCUCUCCAAAACUACAACAACCAGGAGGACAGGAAACUGUACCACAGGGGUAGUUUUCCAAGCCCGGAACCACAUAUAAGCUUAACCACAGAUUCUCAGAGGACAGAAAGGAAACAGAAUGGAAAAGCCUGGUGCACAGCAGAAAAAGAAUACACUCCCUCUAUGUUAGGCCUGUGUGGUUCUCUGUCCUCUUUACCCAGCUGUAAGUCCCUGCCAAGCCUGAGGUCGACAGAGUGCCUGGUAAACAUCAGCGCAGAGCCCAGUCCUGCUCUAACCCCUAGCUAGGGACCACCAAAUGAGACCAAUACAAGCAGAGAGAAACUGCACUGUCAGCUAAGACAUCCAAUGAUAUUAUGGCUCAGCUACAGCCUGUGUAACACCUGUUACACUAAUUCUCAUGAAAUUAUCAUUGAUAAAAAUAUAGCUAGAACUCUUUAGUUAUGAUGGGAGAUAUUUUCCACACAGACUUAUCCUGUUAGAGCUUUUCAGAUGAGUGUAUCUCUGAAUGUCUUUGCUGUUCAAACCUUUCUCCUGGCUUGUUGUGGUAACCAGUGAAGGCAAACUGUGGACUAUGCACUGACUGACUUGAAACCUGAAACCAGUUUUCAUUACAAUUUCAUGUCUCAAAGCCCAACACAGCUUUCCCACAUUCUGUUGCCCUUUAAAAUCUCUUAUGGGAACAUACAUACAAACAAAACCAUACAGACACUUACAGCCAGAAAUUAACCAUGAAAAAUGUGUGAAAGAAAGCAUAUUAUAGUUACAAAUUAGUAUUUUGACAUUAUCAUCACUUUAUAUUUUAAAUUCUCACAUUUCAACCAUCUAAACAUCUCUCCUCUGCCAAACAACAUACAAGAAGAUGUGUAUGUCUUUACAGUCUGCUGUACAAUUACAGAGGUAAUAAAAUGAAAGACAUUUCUGGAAUAGCUGCCUUAUUCCUCUUUUCUUGCCUCUUGAAGUAACUUUGAAGAUGGGAUCACUCUGCACAUGACAGUAUACUAUUGCUAAAUGACUGACAGUGCUGGACGUGAACAAAUGGACCAGUAUAUAUUUGCAUACUGUUGUAUUGUUCUGUAUGUUUGACAUGUAUUUGUCAUCUGUUGUUGCAUCAUUACAAUAUGUCUGCAGUGUGUGGACCACUGUCAUUUUCAGUAUAUUAGCAGAAGAUUUGAAACAUUGCAUUUAUUUUAAUCAUAUAAAAAUAUCAUAUAAAACUGAUAAACUAGAUUUCCCCCCUCCAUUGUCAGUGUAA